GAGACUGCAUCCCAGUGCAAUUCUGAUGUGGCCAAGCACUUGCUGUGGGAAACACGCCCAAUAUGAAGAAUAUUAACCAACUGCUGAAGGACAUCAUCACAAAGCUAAUCAAGAAGAGAUAGUGGUCACUUCUAAACUCACAAACUGUAGGUUAUAAAAUAAAUAACAUAGGUAAUAAUAUAGACCGUCGACACAUUUAUUACAGCAAUUAAAAAGCAGUGUGUUUAAUUGGCCUUCUUGAUCCACUUUUGAAAUAACUUCAAUGUUAAACAUGAAAUCCUGCCAGUCCAGCUGUGCUGAUUCCGGCUCUGAGUCUGAUUCCAAGGGAACGCCUGUCUCAGAGAAGACGGAGAAUGCUUCCAGGAGGAGAAUGGCAGCCAAUGCCCGGGAGAGAAAGAGGAUGCAGGGUCUGAACACAGCCUUCGACCGGCUGCGCAAGGUGGUGCCUCAGUGGGGGCAGGACAAGAAGCUCUCCAAGUACGAGACCCUGCAGAUGGCCCUCAGCUACAUCAUGGCCCUGAACAGCAUCCUAACGGACGCAGAGCGCUACAGGAGCAGCUCACAGAGGGAAUGGCUCAACCAGCAGAUUGAGCAUUUCCAGCAGGAGAACUACCAUUCUUUGCUGAGGCAGGGGUCCCCAAUGGGGAACGAGAACUACACCCAGGCCAUUCUUCCUUACCAGCAUGAGAGCUACCAGAUUGUUAAUUAAACACUGGCAGUGUUUAUGGAAUGCAGGGAAGAACACAACUGAGACUUUGCAAACCACUGAAUGUCACAACAAACGUGUGAGCGCAACUGAAAUCAAUCACUGGCUGUAUUGUUGGUAAAUACAUUUGUAUUCUGCUUUGCGUAAGUCUUUUUGAAUUAAUCUGUUUGGUUUGGGCCAAGUUAUGGUCUUUUUCCAAAAUAUAAUUUCAUGUGACCUUUUGGUCAGUUCUAUACUUGUAUCUUUUAUUUUUAAAGGCUGGAAUCUGCUAAGAGUUUAUUUAACUAUAUCUGCACACCAAUGUCCAUCUGAAUUUGCUGUAUCACCUGUUUGUUUUAGGCUUCCAAAUGCAUUGUUCUUGAAAUAAUGAAAUUAUGUCAAAGAUGUACAUUUGUGAUGUACAUAGUGUUGUUUGUAUGACUGUUUAUGGUAUGUUAUCCAUAAAAUUACAAUUAAGGACAAUAAUUAAGAAAAACAAAAAACAUAUGUACUAGUUAUAUUUCAUAUAAAGGUAGAUUAUAUAUUUAGACAUACCACUAUUAUGCAAAUAUGUAUAGUAAAAAAAAGAAUAGUAGAAUGUCAAGCCACCAGGUUAUUGGGUGUGUGUGUGUAAGCAGUCUGGUUAAUUGAUUUUCUGGUAAUUGACCCACAACCUAAAAGUAAAGAGGACACAUUGCAAGACCACAAAUAAAUACAAAAUGCAAGCAGUCAAUUUUGUUUAGUCCCUUUGGUUACCAGUAGUUUUUUGUUCAGAAACAUUAGUUUCAAAAUGUAUGUGCAUUUGAUUCUCAGUAUACCUUAAUAUAACUUUAUUAGCAGUUGUACAUUCUGUAUUUUCCUUUCGAUAUUUUCAGAUGGUGUAUGCUUAAAAAGUGCUAUUUUUUACUGUGUAAAUGAUUUGUUGCUUUAAGUAGUGAUACAGGAAAGCUAAAGAGGGUUGUAAAAGUUUAUAGAUCAGUUGUAUAAGGCUACUUUUUAUGUUAUGUGCACAGAA